AUGGAGAAACAAAGAAAAAGCCAUGCACCACACAUUUUAGUGUUACCAUAUCCAUUACAAGGCCACAUAAACCCUAUGCUUCAAUUCUCCAAACGUUUGAUCCAAAAUGGAGCAAAAGUAACACUAGUAAACACAAUUUCCAUUUGGAACAAAAUCAACAACAACAUAGAUCUAAACUCCUUUGAAAUCGAAAGCAUCUCAGAUGGUUAUGAUAAUGGUGGACUUUCAUCUGCAGAAAGCAUGGAAUCUUACAAAGAAACAUUCUGGAAAGUUGGACCAAAAACUCUUUCUCAGCUUCUUGAUAAACUUCAAAGUUCAAAUAAACCCGUUGAUUGUGUUGUCUACGAUGCUUUCUUACAUUGGACUUUUGAUGUUUCAAAGAGUUUUGGAAUCCCUGUUGCUGUUUUCUUAACUCAAGCUUGUUCGGUUAAUUCUAUCAAUUUUCAUGCUUUUAUGAAAUGGAUUGAGUUGCCGAUAUCGAAAAGUGAAAUUGUGUUACCUGGAUUGCCUAAGCUUGAAGCUUCUGAUUUGCCAUCUUUUUUGUACCAAUAUGGAACAUAUCCAGGCUACUUUGACAUUCUUACCAACCAAUUCUCAAAAAUUGAUCAAGCUGAUUGGGUUCUUGUCAACACAUUUUAUGAACUUGAGCCAAAGGUUGUGGAUUGGUUGGCGAAGAAAUGGCGUUUAAAGACAAUAGGACCAUGUGUUCCAUCUAUGUUUUUAGACAAAAGACUUCAAAAUGACAAAGAUUAUGGAAUAAGCAUUUUUGGUCCAAAUUCAGAAGCUUGCAUUAAAUGGUUAGAUAACAAACCUAAAAAUUCAGUUGUGUAUGUUUCUUUUGGAAGCUUGGCAGGUCUUAGUGAAGACCAAACAAAUGAAAUAGCUUAUGGAUUAAGAGAUUCUGGUGUGUAUUUCAUAUGGGUUAUUAGAGAUUCAGAAAAGCAUAAAAUUUCGAAGGAAUUUAUGGAAUUAUCAUUGGAAAAAGGUUUAAUUGUGAAUUGGUGUCCACAACUGCAAGUGUUGACACAUGAAGGUGUUGGUUGUUUUGUGACACAUUGUGGUUGGAAUUCAACAUUGGAAGCCUUGAGUGUUGGUGUUCCCGUGAUUGCAAUGCCACUUUGGACUGAUCAAAUCACAAAUGCUAAGCUUAUUGUUGAUGUGUGGAAAAUUGGAGUUAGAGCUGUUAAAGAUGAGAAAGAGGUUGUUAGAAGAGAAAUUCUUGAGGAUUGUGUGAAGAAAAUAAUGGAAACUGAAAAAAGAAAUGAAAUAAAGAAGAAUGCUAUGAAAUGGAAGAGUUUGGCUAAGAAUUCGGUUGACCAGGGUGGAAGUUCAGAUAAGAAUAUUGUUGAGUUUGUGAAAGGAUUAGCUCUCUAUCAAACUACAUAG